AUGAAGAUAGUCUUGAAGGCCGGCUGCACAUCUUACUCCACAGUGAAAAUCUGGGUGUCAAGUUUUCGGAAAGGGUCAUUUCAGAUGAACCCCGUCCAGGAUGCUGUGCACAUCACGAUUCUCGAGAACCGUCUAAUUGCUGCUGCAUUCAUAGUUGAGACUGGCGAUUUAUACCGCGAAAGAGUUGGCUACAUCAUCCACAUUUUGGACAUGAGAAAGCUUUCUGAAAAAUGGGUGUUGAAAUGCCUGAACAGAGAUGAGAAGCGCAUCAGAGUGACGACAUCGAAGGCAAUUUUGGACCGGUUUGCAGCGGGAGAAGCUGAUUUCAUAGCUCGCUUAGUCACCAUGGAUGAAGCUUGA